UGGCCCGAUCUAGCCCGAACGGGUCAAUGUCUGAGGAGGCUUCGAAAAAUUCGUAGCUGGUGUGGUGUUCGUGUGCACGGCGAGGAAGAGAAAACGUCGUUGAUCGUCAAGGAUUGAUUUUGCCGCGUAAGCUCGCGCCAUUAUCUCUUUCCCGCCGCCAGGCUCGAGGCGUCGUUUAGUUGUAUAGUAGUUUCACGAUCAACGAAAGCAGAGGCGAACAACGACGGUGACGACGACCUCCCCUUAAGCAACGUCGACACGGACGACGACGAAGACGUCCACGUCGGCGUCAGCAGAAGUUCGCGAUUCCUUUUCUGCCUAGUUAUAACCCAGAUCGUGAGCAAGCGUGUAAAAGCUCGGGAAGUCGAUAAAGUCGGGCCUGACAAGUGAAGAAGCGCAGGAAAGAGUGACGAGCAGUGACAAGAUUCAAAGUAUAUCGAAGAAGAUAGAGCAAGUGAGAAAGAGCGGUAGUAGAGGAGGUGAGGCAGUAGCGCUUCCCCCGCACGCUGCAAAAGUACGGUUGCAGAAGUGAGAGAAGAAAGAAAAGAGUAUAAGAGAGAGAGAGGAAGAAAAGCGGGAGAGUAAGUGAGACAGAGCGACAUAAUUGACGACUACGCCGUUAGGCCGAAAAAGAAAAGAGACAAGAGGAGAAGUACGAUGUAACACCGACGAUCGUUCGAGGUAUUAUCGAAAAAAAAGUAUAAAUUCGUCGUGUUGGCGAUCUCGCUGAAGCUAAGGCAAGAUACAUAGAUCACCAACGACGAAGAAAUCCGACCCGUCAACCGGAUCAUCGUGGAGUUGUGCUAUAUAGGAAAGCUACCAAGUGCGGCGGUGUGCCUCCACUGGCGAGUGUGUACGAACCAUUCCGAAAACGUCAACCCCUGCCUCCCCUCGCGGCAUAACUCUCCGCAAUACUCCGCGCCCUCGUCAGGUUAUUAGGUAGUAGAACCGCACUUCUCGGUGCAUGAUACUCCCUGACAGCGGUGGUUAAUACGAAAGAUUGUCGUAAAUUGUGUCAAUUCGUGUAGUCAGUCAUCGUCGGUGCGGUGUGUCGUAAAACGUUGGUGGCCAUCGUUGGAAGAAGGAAAGAAGAGCGUCGUGUGAAUCGCAUCGGUUCAAGCCUGUCGCGUGAAGUUGCUUGUGCGAACAAAGCGUAUAAAUUCAGUGUGCGCUGUUGAACGAACGUUUGGAUCGUGCGAGCCGCAACCUAACAUCACCACCACCACUACCAUCGUUAAAGCGGGAUCGAGUAUCAUACACGAAGGAAGUGUCUCGGGGGUGCGAAAAUUUUGACGGCCACCACUUUCUCUGUUUUCCCUUUUCUCCGUGUCGGUGGUUAACCAUUGUCGACCACGAUUCCUCGCCUUAGUUUCCUUUUUCCCAAUCUUGCGCGCGCUUUGCUCGCUCAUAGCUCUUCCCUCCCAUCUAUCCCUCCACCUACUCCCUCCCGCCCUUCCACGCUUCUUCUUUCUCUCUCACUCUCUCCCUCUUUUCCCCCCCGUGUCGUACCGUCUCGCUCUCUUUCUCUCCCUCCAUCCAUCGAUCGAGCGCGGCCGUGGCGUAAUAUAGAAGAACCGAACCGUGCGGACGUGCAUGCGUGCGUGCGAUGUAAUUAUCGUUCGCGCUGUCAUUGAUGUCCGAGGUGGUGUCAACGACGACGACGACGACGGCGACGGCGACGGCGACGGCGACGACGCGCUGCUGGCUAUCUUCACGUGAGGAAGUGGCACGGCCAGCCGAGGCGGCGACCAGCGGAAGCAGAAGCGGCAUAUUCUAAAGCAUAGUGUCAGGUGGCGGUGGCGAAGGGGGUCAAGAAGAUUUCAGAAUGAGCCUCCGACCAAGGACCACCUCCUUUGCCGAUUGUACCAACGCGCCCUCGAAUCCGCCCCUGGGUGGCAUGAGAGUCAGCAGCGGUGUGAUGUAUAAUGCAGAUAGAGAUGGCAACAAAGUCACGACAGUGGUGGCUACACCAGGUGGUGGUCCAGACCGCCCCCAGGAAAUCUCCUACACAGACACUAAAGUGAUCGGUAAUGGAAGUUUUGGUGUCGUGUACCUAGCGAAACUUUGUGACGCGGAGGAACUGGUCGCCAUCAAGAAGGUUCUCCAAGACAAACGAUUUAAGAAUAGAGAAUUACAAAUAAUGCGACGUAUCGAACACUGCAACAUCGUGAAACUGAAAUACUUCUUUUAUUCCAGCGGUGAUAAGAACAUCUUAAACGCGACUAAUCCAGUUUUUCACGUGGACAAGGACGAGGUUUAUCUGAACCUAGUGUUGGAGUACAUACCCGAGACCGUGUAUAAAGUCGCUCGGCAUUAUAACAAAAGCAAGCAGACCAUACCGAUCAAUUUCAUCAAGUUGUACAUGUACCAACUGUUCCGCUCUCUGGCGUAUAUCCACUCGUUGGGUAUCUGCCACAGGGACAUCAAGCCACAGAACCUACUGUUGGACCCAGAAUCCGGUGUCCUGAAGCUCUGUGAUUUCGGUUCGGCCAAACACCUGGUCAAAGGCGAGCCCAAUGUGUCUUACAUUUGCAGUCGUUACUAUCGCGCGCCUGAGCUCAUCUUUGGUGCCAUCGAUUACACCACAAAAAUUGACGUAUGGAGCGCAGGUUGCGUGGUGGCAGAGCUACUGCUCGGUCAACCGAUUUUCCCUGGUGACAGCGGAGUGGAUCAACUGGUGGAGAUCAUCAAGGUCCUCGGCACACCGACCCGCGACCAGAUACGCGAGAUGAACCCCAACUACACGGAAUUCAAGUUCCCACAAAUCAAGGCGCAUCCGUGGCAAAAGGUGUUCAGGGCACGCACGCCACCAGAAGCGAUGGAACUAGUCGCUGGCCUGUUGGAGUACACACCGUCCGGACGGAUCACACCGUUGGAAGCGUGUGCCCAUCCAUUCUUCGACGAGUUACGAGAACAGGGCACCCGGUUGCCGAACGGCCGAGAGCUUCCUCCGUUAUUUAACUUUACAGAGUACGAGCUGCGAAUUCAGCCGUCGUUGAACUCGAUCCUAAAGCCGAAGUACAUGCAGACUUCGGAGAAUCCUGGAGGCCAGUCGGAACCGGUCGCGGGGUGUAGCGGUAACACUAGUGAUAACGUGAGCACCAACACGCUACCGACCUCAAAGAACACAGAUCCUAGCCAGUCGAACAUGGCUUAAGCUGCUUUCUAUUUUUACCAUUAUUCAGAAAAUACACACACACAAGAGAGAGAGGGAGAGAGAAAAAAAAUAAGAAAACCGAGAAUUCACGUGUUAGAUACUAGCCUUAAAAAGUACGGUAGAGAGCGAGAACCAAGAAGAGGGAAACUGAUCUUCUGAGGAGGAUGUCCCCGCGUACACACUUAUAUACAUACAUACAUUCACACAGAGAGACAUACAUUUAACAAACAUUAAACACAUACAAGUAAUCCCAGAUUGUAAAUUGAACUCGAUGCAAAUGGCGAUACCGUGUGGUCUUUCAGCUUUCUUCGCUUGAUACACGAAUGACGAAUGGUGGUCCCCUUUUGUAACGGGUUCGCCGUGGAAACACGACUCUCACAGUGGCGUACGAACGCUUGAUUGCCACCUUAUUGCCAAAAAAAAAAAAAAAAAAAAAAAAAAAAA